AUGUAUAUAGUGCGCAUUAUUCCGGCCUACACCCCUUGCAAAGACGGUUCCUGGGAGUCGAGCUGCAGCUUCUUCUAUGAUACACAGAACCUGCAAUAUUCGUCUGGAACCCCAAAAUUAGAUGUAAAGGAGUUCGAUAAGAAGCCGCAGCAGCAGGUGAAAAUAGAAAAUUCUUGCGAAGAGGAGUUCAAGCAUAACACUAGCCUGUUUUACAGGAAAAAAUGCACUUUUGUUGUACCCCUGAAUUUUUAUAGACGUUUCUCCUCUAAAUGUCCUAAGAAAGGCGGAAGGCCCGACGAUCCCGACAAAGUGUGCAGAAGUAAGCCUAGGCCAGUACAAAUAAGAAAGAAAAGGCACUCCGCUUGGGGCCCCAAAAAGAAAGUCAAAGUUUGUACUUCGAAAGGGCGAAAAGGCCGAAAAAAGAAAGGUAAAGGUCCAGCUUAUCACUUUCAAACGAUAAUUAAAGAUUAUCCUGCAGUGAAAUCGAAAACGGAAGCUAAAAGCCUUUAUCGUCCAGUUUGUCCCCCUAAGAAGAAGAAGAGGGUACUGCUGAAAAAAGAUUGCUGUCCUAAAGGAGAUAAAAGACGUAAACUUUGCGCUCGAAAGAAAACUAGAAAAUUGUCUUCAAAAGGACGAUGGAAGAGUAGUUUAGGUCCAACUUGUCCUCGGAAAAAGGGUCGGAAACCUUGUGUGCACAUUAUUCCGGCCUACACCCCUUGCAAAGGCGGUUCCUGGGAGUCGAGCUGCAACUUCUUCUAUGAUACACAGAACCUGCAAUAUCCGUCUGGAGCCCCAACAUCGGACUAUGAUGUGAAGGGGUUCAAUAAGAAGACUGUCAGCUGCCCCGACACGACGCAGCAGCAGGUGAAAAUAAAAACUUCUUGCGAAGAGCACCUCUUCGCCAAGCCCACAAUUAGCCUGUUUCGUAAGAGAAAAUGCAGUUUUGUUGUACCACUGAACUUUUAUAGACGUUUCUCAUCUAAAUGCUCGUGUUCUGGUGGUAAACGGCCCGACGAUCCCGACAUCGUCUGCAGAGCUAAGCCCUUGACAGUAAGGAAAAAAAGGCAGUCGAAGUGUGGCCCUAGAAAAAAAGUCAGAAAUAUCCCUACAAAAAAACGAAGACUGAAAGCUGGUCCUGCUUAUCCCUUUCGAAGGAGAAAUUCUAUACCGAAACAGGAGAAACAGGGAGGUGACCGUCCAGUUUGUCCCCCUAAGAAGAAGAAGAAGAAGAUAGUAAAAAAAGAUUGUUGUCCAAAAGGAGAUAGAAGACGUAAAGCUUGUGCUCCUCAAAAGAAUUUGCCUUCAAACGACGCUUGGAAGAGUAGUAAAGGUCCAUCUCCUUGGAAGAAGGCUCGUACAUCUUUAAGUGCCUGUCCUCGAAAGAGGGUCAAGAAACCUGAGGAGCUCAAUAAACCUGCCGGCGGACGGAGAACAUAUCCGUGUGGAGGUGGAGGUAAAGCCAAGAAAGAUAAGAGUGGUGCUUCUGAGAAGACCUGUCGCGCACUUAUUAAGCCUCGGCCCCACCCGGCUUCGAAAAAGAAAGACUACUGCGGAAAAAUAAGCGGGCCCCAAAAGCCCAAGUUAUUCGAUUACAAAUCGAUUAACAUUACAUUUAUCUUGUUUCAGGUCACAGCCCUGGCUGUGCUCAGCAUAGCAGCAGCCAAGUCAACCAAUUCAACGGCAAAAACGAAACCGAAACGACAAUUAGAGAGCAUACGAACGCACGAAAACUUGCAAUAUUCUCUUAUACUUCCACACUCAAGGGUUCAGCAUUACAGAGCAUUAAAUAACAACAGACGUGUUUCCCAUGGCCCAACGAAAGGAAAGCUGCCACCUUACGCAGUGCAGAUGGAGCCAGUUGUGCAGUACUCGCAGAAAGAUCCCCUGUACGACCCGAACCAAGAUAAUGCGGAAGAAACUGUUGUAAACAAAAACGAAAUCUAUGCUCAAUCGAAAAUCUUGAACGUGGAUGAACAUUCCGGCGAAAGUUACGGACCUCCAUACGGUACUCUGCCAACUGCUCCUCUGUACAGUCAGCAUCCUCAUUAUUACGAAGAACCUGAACCAAUUAUUGAAAUCAUCAUCAAGGAGUCCAAUGAAACGCUGCCAGCACCCCCUCCUCCACCAGUUCAAAAGAAGAAGAAAGAGCCAGUGCAUGUCUUCUAUGUAAAGUACAGUAAAGACCCUCACUCCAAGGACAAAGUUAUCUAUGAGAAACCUAUCCCCGCUAUCACGCCGCCGACUAACGAAGAAGACGAACACCAUGAAGAUGAAUAUGUGACAGUGACUCCUGAACCUUACGUACCUCCGAGGACUACUACCUUGAGAGCCAUAAUCAAACCAGAAUCUGAAGUAUAUCACAGCGACAGCAGCGUUAAAGUUACUUUUGGAAACGAAGGUCGUCAUUAUAGUGACAGGAGAGAAGGAAAUAGCCAUACUGAACAUCACGAAGAGACUGCCCCAAAGCCCGCAAUUGCGUUCCCCAAUUCCCCGCCCCAACCUACUCCACAAAGUCACCACAGUCAUCAAAUUCACCAGACUCAUCCCCAAUUAGAACGAUCGGCGUCUCCAAAACCUCAAUUCGCAGAAUCUAGCACCAGGCCACCCUUCAUUCAACAUCAGCAUCAACACCAGCAGCAAUCUCAGUUCUUCAGAUCUGGUCCUCCGCAAGCUCAAAGCCGAAUCCAAUUCCAACCUCAUCAAAUUCCUAAUGAGCAACAGCUACCCAGACAGGGACCUUCUGUAUCUCCUUUCAGACCUCAGCAGCAGCCUCAAACUCCUAGGAUUCCUUUUGGACCCACUCCUACCUUCAAUGCAGCAUUCUCCAACGGUCCUAUUGGCCCCGGCACACAUUUUGGUAGCCCAACUGUUGCUAGCCCAGUUACAGCUUUCCCUACCCCAUCGUUCCCCAGAGCUAACAAUGGUCCCAGUUUCCAUUCACGUGUUAACAGCUCACCUAACUUUGCCUCUCGGCCACCGUUCAAUGGACCUCCAAGAACGAGCUUCCAUUCUGGACCACAGAGGCCUUUCCCAUCCCAGUCUAAGCCUGCCUACUUCGAUGAUCCUAAAUAUUUGCAAGAGAAUUAUCACACCAUAACCUCGGAGCAAGUUGAUCAACCAAAACAGCAACAGUUGCCUAGCAGGCCACUUCAGUCAUUCGGUUCUCUUACACACCCUAGUCCCAGCCCAAGCCCAGCUUUCCAAGAACAUCGCCGCCCUCCUAUUGUUCCUCUUAAUCAACAACUGCCCCAGCAAAGACCAGCUCAUCAGUUCCUUGACUCAACCCAUAACAAACCAUCCAUCAGUAUCAAUCCUAGCGCUUCUCCCUUCUUUAAUUUGAAACCUUCCCCGCCGCUCAUUGAGGACAAUCGCCCACCUUUCCACCAACAUUCUCAGCCCCAGCAACAGUUUAGCUUCCACCAAGGACCCCAGGGACUGCCUAGACCAUCACCACAGAUUCCAUUCCAACAACAGCAUUCAUUCUCGGCUCCGAUAUCCGUUUCACCUUCCCCUGCCCCCCAGAAUCAAUUUGUCCCAUCACCUUCUGCUGCUCCUUUGUACAAUUUCCAUCCUCAACCGUCACCAACACCUGAUAUUUUCCACCAAGGCUCACCAUCCGAAAGGCCACAGUUCCAUCAAGUACCUUCGGAGAGACCUUUUAGCCAACACGAACAAAACAUUGGUGGCUUAAUUCCAAAUGGAGGAGAAUUAGUUCCUGCUAUAUCAAAAUAUGAACAACACAUUACAGUCAAUGGACCUACAGCUCAACCAUUCAGUGGUCUUGGAGAGUCUAACCCUAGUCAACCACAACCAUCGCCUAGUCAACAACAACAAUAUCAUCAACAGCAACAUAACCAACAACAACAGCGACAGCAAGAACAGCAACAGCGUCAACAUGACCAACAGCAAAGACACCAACAAGAACAACAACAGCGCCAUCAACAGGAACACCAGCAGCGUCAGCAACAGGAACACCAGCAGCGUCAACAACAAGAACAGCAGCAGCGUCAACAACAAGAACAGCAGCAACGUCAUCAACAAGAACAACAACAUCGUCAACAGCAACAGCUACAAUUGCAACAACAGCAACAACAAUUAGAUGCCGAACAAGAACAAGUUAGGUUACAGCUAGCACAUAACGUACAAAAGCAACAAGAAGAAAUCCAACGUCUACAAGCCCAGUUAUUACAUUCACAACAUCAACAGCAGCAGCACCAACAACAACAACAGCAGCAGCAACAACAAUACCAAAACUCUUACCAGCAACAAGUACAGGCUACAUCCCCAAGGUCACAGUACAUCCAAGAAAGGUCACGACCACAUCCUACGUUUGCCACCAGUACUGCAUCUCCUCCUUACUAUCAGUCGACUUCUAGGACAGUGGAAAUUAAGCCUACUACGUCGAAAUAUGUAUCUUCCACGCAGAACUCUGUAUCUUCAACGCCGGAAACUAAGCACGAGGAGAAGAAGAAGAAACCCACUAUCGAACUCCCUGAUGAAGUGCCAGAUGAUCUUCGUCAACAGCUGUUGUCUUCAGGAAUUCUAGAUAAUGCUGACAUCAGUGUACUGGAUUACGAUAAAGUAGGAGACACGUCUUUGGACCAGUUACCUCCAGAUCAGUUGGCUAACUUCUUCAGUGCUGGUGGUGGACAGCAAAUUGCCUCUAGUGAAAAUAGACCCGUCUAUGUCAAGCCUAACGGAGAUUCUAUUCAAUCUAGAAUUGAUGAAGAUAUAGAUGAUGACCAGGAAUUCGCUGCGUCAGAAAAUGUUUCCAGUUAUGUGGCUCCUCCGUCAAAAGAUCAAGCUGUUGAGAUGAAAGUCGUCCAUUUCAACCCCGACACUCCUGAAGGACAGCAGUUAGCUAGUGAAUACAUCAAAGAAAAUGCCACACAAAUUGACCCUGUAGCACUGAAUGACAAAAGGUACAACAGAUACUUGCCUUUGAAAGUGAGCGGCAAUCAGUUCCCACUACCAGAUGUCCUAAAAGGCAGAAAGGUUACCUCAGUCGUUGUCUUGGCUCCGGUUGAGACUGAAGCUUUAGGCUCCCAUCCAAGAGCUGAGCGAGCAGCAGAAGAAAAUCUAAAGGGAAUUAAAUUUGUUGCUGGUGAGAGCUUACAGGAACUAUUAAAACGACCGACAAAGGACAACUUCCAAAGGUGGCUCGAGGUUGAGAAGAAAACUGCCACUGAUUUACAAUCGGUCGUCUUACUUGUGACUGGUGACGAUGGAGCAACUGGUGAAAAGGAAAUUUUUAUGUACGACAUUGCUUCCGGCAAUGUAAACAAGCUCGAUGGUGAACUAUCAAACGCAUUCGUUGAGGCUGCAGAAAACAACUCUCUCAGUAAAGAUAUUGAGUCACUGGCCAUUGAAGGAGAGGGUACCCCAGAAAAUUUUGACAAGAAAAGCGAAGACGUAACCGCGGAAGGUUCUGAAAAUGUGCCAUUAUAUGUAGACUUAUCAGGCUUAAACUUAGAUCAGGAAAAUACAAACAAAGUGUCAAUAUCAUCAGGUUACAGUAAAACGAAACAUGGCAGAUCGUUUAGGAGACAUUGAUAAUUCAAAAUGCCAAAUGGUGUCUGAUCCUUGUAAAUAGUCUAGUAUUAGUAUUACUAAAUUAAAAAUCAACGCGUUGUUGCGUAUAGUCGUAAUUGUUUUUUUUUACAAAAGUGAUAAUGGUUGUACAAUAUAAAAUAACUGCCUAUUA